UGUUUAGGUGCGGGGUUUACAUCAACAAAAUGAAAAAUAUUACUAUUAGGUUACCAACGCAAGUAUUGAUUUGAAAAUUCUUGUAUCAUAAUAUUAUUUUUAUAUGUAUGACGUGGAUCUAGUGUACACCUACACUUAGAAAAGCUACAAAAUACAAAUGAGAAAGGUUUUAUUUUCGAAAAGAUAGGUAAUUACAGUCCAACAUAAGGAGGUGGAAAAAGAGUUGAAAGAAGUAACUAAUACGCCGAUAGCUUCUUCGGGCGCUAAUAAAAUACCUGGAGAACUGUUCCCAGCUGCAAGAGUAGUUCCAAUGGUACUCACCAACAAAGAGCCCGUGGUGUUGUCUUUUGACGACGUGCCCGGUCCGAAAUCUUUGAAGUACUUGUCAAGUUUUCGUCAUUAUUUGUCUCAACUCGGCACGCAAUUUACGGCUAGCGUUUUGACAAUCGGCCUCAAUCUAAGUACAUACAUAAACACAAGAAAACCACUCAAGAACCUCUCCGCACUCUUCGAUGAGUACGGCCCUGUGGUUCGCUUCAUCAGCCCCGUCGGUAAUGACAUUGUCCUCAUCAACCAUCCGGAUCACAUCCAAAAAGUCUACACUAUGGAGGGAGACUGUCCGGUGCGGUCUGCUCUAGACUCCUUGGAGAAGUACAGGAUGGAGCACAGGCAAAACGUGCUUGGGGGGCUGUUUACUGUCCAAGGUGAACACUGGUGUCGUCAACGCGAAAUAGUGCACAGUCCUCUACACAACUCGAUAGCCCAUCACAUCAACGGUGUGUGCGAAAUUUGCGACAACUUCACGCAGAAGGUCUAUAACAUGAGGAACUACCAGGAUGAAGUCCCGAAAGACCUGUACGACGCGUUGCAUAAGUGGGCCUUUGAUUGUAUGGGGCUAAUAUUGUUCGCGAAGAAGUUCACGAUGCUAGAUACGGAGCUGGUGUACAGCCAGUGCGACAUGUCGUGGAUGUACCACAGCCUGCAGCGAGCCACCGACGCCAUCGUCAAGUGCGAGUCCGGGCUCCACUGGUGGAAGAUAUUCUCCACGCCAGCCUGGCACUCGCUCGUCAAGUACUGCGAUAGCUUGGACAAUCUAAUCGGCAAGCACGUUUUGGAGGCGGAACAAGCAUUAACUUUUAAACUAAAGGAUAACGAAGAGAAUAUAACGAGUUCAAACAUUUUGAUCAACUCUAUGUUGGUGGGACAAGAAAAGAUGAAUCCUGAAGACAUAGCAACCGUUAUUAUGGAUAUGCUUCUCAUUGGCGUCAACACUAUAACAUCGUCGAUGUCCUUCUUGCUGUAUUAUUUGGCUAAGUACCAGAGAGCCCAAAAACUUUUAUAUCAAGAAGUGGUACAACUGGAUAGCCACUUGGAUUCAGAACACUUGACGAAGAUAAGGGAACAGACGCCUUACCUCCAAGCUUGCUUAAAGGAGACAUUAAGAUUAGUGCCACCAAUUCCAGUGCUUACCCGAAUUUUACCAAAGAACAUUACGCUGGAUAGAUACAAUAUACCUCGAGGCACUCUAAUAAUAAUGUCAACACAAGAUACAGCUUUAAAAGAAAGCAACUAUGACGAUGCAGCAAUGUUCUAUCCUGAAAGGUGGCUGAAACCCGAGGCAAAAGACUACCAUGCCUUUGCGUCUAUACCAUUCGGUUUCGGAGCACGAAAAUGCUUGGGACAAAAUAUUGCUGAGACUUUGCUUUCACUUUUGACUGUAAAGAUAGUACAAAAGUACAAACUUGAAUACCACUAUGGUGACAUCCAACCUACGAGAAGUUUCAUCGCUAAACCAAAUAAGUCAUUGAAAAUAAGGUUCAUAGAUAGAAAUUAAAUAUUUUGCUUUUAAAUUGUACAAUUAAGGUAACUUUGUUGUUAGUGUCCUGUAAACAAUAAAACUAUUUGAUUGUAA